AUUUUAUCGGUAGCAUAGGUUACAUGGAUCCUUUGUUUGCUCAGGGAUGGACGCCUCACCGUGAAGAGUGAUGUCUACAGUUUUGGAGUUGUCCUGGUGGAACUGAUCACUAGGAAAAGGGCAGCAACAUCAGGUGGAGAAGUCAACAUUGUUGAUGCAUUUACUGAAGCUCUUGCAAAAGGGGUUACGAGGGGUGAGAGCACUCUUUGAUGCCGAAAUUGCAAGCCAGAACAACACGAAGAUUCUGGAUGGGGUUGCAAAGCUAGCCGGUAAAUGCUUGCUGAUGGAACGGGGCAGACGUCCUGAGAUGAUUGACGUGGUAGAACGACUCCGGAAACUUGGGAAAGCUUCACAUCAAGUACAUCAACGGGUGGAUUUGUUCUCUUGGGCAAGGAAGAGGAAGCCAAUGACGACUUGGACCUCAAAUCUCUGCCGCCAGUUCUCACUUGAAGAGAUUAAAGCUGCAACAAGAAACUUUGAUGAGUCGCUUCUUGUUAAUGCAACAAGAAUCUUGCCGCCUUUUGUUAAUCCAGAUGAAAUUUUUGGCAGUAGAGUUUACCGUGGUGUGAUUGAUGGGGGAGCAACCAAAGUGGCUAUCAAGCUCCCUAGCUACAGGCAUGGCGCUGGUGGCUGCGAGCUCCGUUCGGCGAUAGAGAUGAGGUCAAAGCUAAGGCACGGUCAUAUCGUGCCGCUGAUCGGUUAUUGCGAUGAGGACAACGAAACAAUCCUGGUGUACGAUUUCAUGGCUUGUGUAAGUCUGCACUAUCACUUGUAUGAGAACCAGCAGGAGCCACGCCUUACGUGGAAGCAGCGUUUGGAGAUCUGCAUUGGUGUAGCUCGUGGUCUACACUAUCUUCACAGAGGUACAAAGCACGCCAUCAUCCACGGGAGCCUGAAGUCAGCGAAUAUUUUCCUCGAUAAGAAUUGGGUUGCCAAGAUUAUUGAUGGUGGUUUGUCGUCCGAUAAUGCUAGCGACCACUGGGUCUUAAGUUUCAAUUUCUUAGGAGUAAACCCCCGCGACCUAACUGAGGAAUCGGAUGUCCUUGCUUUUGGUGCUCUGCUGUUUGAGGCCCAGAGCAGGUCUACUUCGUUCAAAGGGAUACGUGUUAAGGUGGGCAUUGCAUUACAAGUGGGAGGGCAAGCUUUAUCAGUUUCUUGA